CUCUAUAAAUGGUAUCUGUCACCCUUUCCUACUAAACCAGGAUCUUCCAUCUCCAGAGACAAACUUUUCAUCUCAUUUGAAAGAGACCAGCUCAAUAACUUGGCCCAAGAGUCACAACUUCUGGAGGUUUCUUUUUACACCCCUAAAAAUGAUUAUUCAACAUAGCCUUCAGCUUUUCCUUAUACCUGCCUGACCUCUAGUACUACAAGGCUCAUCUAUUUAGCCUAUGGAGAUGUUGGAUUGGGAGCUUUUCCUUGCACUUCAAAACUGUCUAUGUCUCCAAUCACUAUGUAAAGCUUUGCUGAGUUCCAUCCACUUGGCUCUUCCCUUCUCAGCGGUAAAACAGCUGCCACUGUCUCCUGCAGAGUCUUGGGAUUAAAAGAAGUUCCAACUCUAUUCAAUCAUCUUUCAUCUCCUGGGACAGGUGACCAUGCCAUCAGCUGAGUCCAUGCAGGCACCCGUAUGUCUGGUAGAAAACAGCAAUGGAGAGCUGAUAGUAAACCAGGAAGCCCGACAGAUUCUUACUUCCAUCACCAAGCCCGUGGUGGUGGUAGCUAUUGUUGGCCUAUAUCGUACUGGAAAAUCCUACCUGAUGAACAGACUAGCAGGAAAGAACAAAGGCUUCUCCCUGGGCUCCACCGUGCAGUCUCACACAAAGGGAAUCUGGAUGUGGUGUGUCCCUCACCCCAGGAGAUCUGACCAUACCUUAGUUCUGCUUGACACUGAGGGCCUUGGAGAUGUGGAAAAGGUAAAUCAAAACCGUGAAAUUCUGCUCCCUUGA